GUGUUCAUUAGUUUUAAAUAUACAUUUAACAUACUUCUAAGCCAGCUGAAAAUAUGCAAAUAUUUGUUAAGACUUUGACGGGUAAAACCAUAACUUUGGAGGUCGAACCUUCAGAUACAAUUGAUAAUGUUAAAGUAAAAAUACAAGAUAAAGAGGGAAUUCCACCGGAUCAACAGCGUCUUAUUUUUGCUGGAAAGCAGUUAGAAGAUGGCCGUACACUGUCAGAUUAUAAUAUACAAAAAGAGUCGACCUUGCACUUAGUAUUGCGACUUCGUGGUGGCGCUAAGAAACGCAAGAAGAAGACUUACUCUACUGCUAAGAAAACUAAGCAUGUUCACAAAAAAGUUAAAAUGGCAAUUUUGAAGUAUUAUUCCGUUGAUAGUUCUGGCAACGUUACACGAACUCGUACCGAAUGCGGUACUUGUGGCUCUUGUACUUUUAUGGCUAACCAUGCUGAUCGUAAAACUUGUGGGAAGUGCUCAAAAACUUUUUUUAGUGUUAAAGCAUAGCUAAAU